AUGCAAAUGGCGUCGGUAUCAAGCGAAACAAUUUGGUCAUCAAUGAUUGCUGCUCGACAGCUUUCAAUAACUUAUUAUACACUUUCAACCUGUUUAACUGACUUCUUACAUCGUUACGUUGAAAUGUCAUCAUCAUCUUCAUCACCACAAACAAAUAAUAUCUCAUCUUCAUUAUUUCAUAACCUUGACAAAACAUUAUUUACUUCUUCUAUUACAUCAAUAAAUCAAUCACAACUUUUGGAUGAAUACUCCAAUAUUUUACUAAAUAUAUUAAAACAAAGUUCUAUACAUACGAAUAUAAUACAAAAUGUUCGCCGUCUUUUUCGUCUCGAUUUAUUUCUUAAAGAAUUAUUUACGACUGAGCUUAACGAAUAUUGUCUCUGUCAAGAAUGUGAUUGCACAAUAUCGAAUAGUAUAACUGAUGUAAUUCAUGAUGUCGGUGAAAUACGAACAACAUUAUUAACUGAAUCUAGUCAAAUAUCUUGUGCAUGUUUUCGAUGUGGAGAUCAAAAUCAAACAAAAACAUUAAUAUUUAAACAAUUAAGUCCUUGUCUUGCAUUAACAGUAAAUCGUUUAAAUAUAAAUGCAACUGAUCAAUUAACGAAUGCACAAGGUGUAGCAUAUGAGUUAUGUUAUGUCAUUGAAUUUGAUUCAAUAUCACGUUCAAUAAUCAAUGUAUAUUUACGUCAAGAUACAGAAUUUAUUAAAGUUGAUGGACAAGAUAUAUCAAGUCGAUCAUUAUCAAUAAAUAGUCAAGGAAAAUAUCUUACACUUUGGCUAAGUCGUUCAACAUCAGUUACAGUUCCUCAACUAUCUGAAUUACAAACAACUGUUUCACAUAAUGUUACAUUUCUAUCGCCACCACAAUCAGCAUCAUCAUCUUCACAAUUAGUAUCAAAUUCUAUAACAAAUAAUGAUAUAUCUAUUCCAAACGAAAGUGCGAAUACAAUUGAUUUUGGUGAUAUUCUAAUACCAUCAGAUAUUACACUAAAUCAUAAUGGUGAUGAUGAUGAUCAAUUUUGGAAUUCUUUAACUGAACAGUCAACACCAGCUGAAAGUGAAACAAUGUCAAUAACAAAUAAUAAUGAUCCUGUUAAUGAUCUAUAUUUAACAUUACUUCAUUCAACAAAUAAAGAUUCAACAGCAAUAAAAAGUCGAGUUGAACAUGAUCGUACUGUAAAUACACUUGCAUCAAAUAUUCUUUGGCCAUUAAUUCUUGAUCAAACAAAUCGACGUAAUGAAAAAAAAACUUCAUCAUCAUCAAUAGCAACAACAAUACAAACGCUAUCAUCGAAUUCAUCAACUGCUAGUUCAACUAGUAAAAGAAAUCAUUCAUAUAAACAAUUAUCGUCUUCUGUUAAAUCUCGACGAACACAUCCGUAUACAAAAACAUAA